UAAUUUUAACUCAGUGAAGCUUCCUCCACCGUGCUUGCUCCGUGUUUUUCUAUCGCAUUCAAAGAACAUCUCGGUUACCUACACAACUUUUUGGAAUUAAGUGCUUCGAUAACACCCAGCCAGAACUUUGAAGAGUUAUCAUUUCAAAAUUUUACUUGAUCGUUUACUUGAAUCAGUUCCUAAGGAGUAACGUGUGCACAGCUUUUCCAGUAAUAUUUCACAAGAAGGUGGUUUCUAGGUAAAUCCCAGGUGACCAUGAAGCUGGCAGUUCUGAUACUGAUAAUGACAUACCUGACACCUGGAUGGAGCCAGACAGUCUGUGGGGUCAUACCUACCUACUUUAAAAACAACAAUACAUGUCCCCCAAGAGCCGUCUGCAGUGACGUAUUCGAAAUGACCCGCGAUUUCCAAAAUGGAACCACCUGCACAGAAACUAGGACAACCAGCAACUGUCUGUGUUUGAACAGCGAGGGUAGGGGGGUCCAUCUUUGUCCAAUAGACGACGACCAUCGCAUCUAUAAUCUGGGGGGACACAGACAAUACACUUGUGAACCAACAUGCUCUUUUCCGUGGUGCGGAAACCGGACUCCUUCACCGAACGGACCUGUCAUUGCCACAACAUCAGAACAAAAUUCGCAUUCUUUCGGAGGCAAAACAUUUACCAGAAUUGAAUGCAGAUGUCCAAGGCACCACCGCGUCAACCCACAAGCAAGCCACAACCAGCAACGGGCCACCCAGUACGCUGGCCAUCGGUUUAACACGGCCACUCGCCACUACUCCACGCUUUACUCCUGCAACUUCCUGCCGCAUGAAGAUAUUUCUGACCCUUGUGCUCAAUGAAAGGUCACAGACACGAGAUGGCAACAAACUGAAGGCAACAAAGAAACAUCAAACAUAAACAGAAAUUAUUUUAGCUAAACAAAAAAUAAAAUUUUGAACUGUUAACUUAACACUUAAUCAUAACCAUCAGCUUUCUGAUUAAACAAUGGUGGCCUGGAUAUUUUUUUAUUUAUAUAAAAAUAAACACUGCUGCGUAGCGUUCCGCUUUUUGGUCAAAAUGUAUAACAAACUAAUGAAAUAAUUUUAUGGAUAAUUUAGUGAUUAGAUUGCAUGAUGAACCAAGUAAUUUCUAAACGCAUUUUAGUAAACAGCUUUGUUUUACAUAUCUGCAUUAAUAGUAUAACAAGAAUUAGAAUUCAAUAUUUAUUAAAAUGACUUCUAAAAUCAAGUGCUCUAUAUUAAUACGAAAAUGAUAAAUAACACACAAAAAAUACACAAUAUUUAUAGAAAAAUGCCUUGACAGUUUCACAAAUAUGGAUCUGGUAAUAUGUUAAUUAUUUACGUUUUUAGAAAUAGUUUUGCUACUUAAUUUUAACCAUUAUACGUUAAAAGGUCUAAAGAAAUUGUUUUUACCAUCAUGUAGAUUUUUACACCUGCUUUUACACUAUUACUUUUUAUUUUUUGCUGAAAAUACGCGAAAAAUUGAAAACAAACAGAACUGCUUGUAUUGCUUACUUUGCUUUAGAGAGUAAUAAAAUUACGUUGGAUAAAACGAA